UGCAGGUGAAUUGUAACACGAAAAAGGUGCUAUGCUGACUCUAACAACACUAAGCUGCCAUGCAGGCUGUAUUUUUAUAAUUUCACUCUCAAAAAAUAACAAUGAAACAAAAUUAUUGUUGUUAUGAAUCAUUAACAUAUUCAAGACUCCAAUUACUUCACAUGUAAUAUUUCACUUUGAUAUACUUUUUGUGGAUAAUAUUGCAUACAUUUGUGUUUGCCAUAUAAAAAAAUAAGUUUCCUUUGACAAAAAGGGCAUACAACAAACAAACGUUUUUUUUUUUUAAAAGAAAAAAAAAAGACUAAUAGAUCUGAAGUUGAUAUAAAGACUUCAAGUGUUGUUAUUUUUAAAACUUAUAUAAAUGAGGCCUGUUUGGAUCCACAAUCAUUUAAAUUUGAUUUAUUAGCUGUCAUUGCUAAAAAAAUAAAAAUUAAUUACAAUCAAUGGUGUUAUGAAUUAUUGACACCUAUUUAUAGUUUUGAUUACUUCACAUCAAAUAUUCACUUCGACUUUUUUUGGGGGCAUUUGGGGGGUAUUGUAAAUUUUGUGUUUUUGCCAUAGAAAGCUGGGUUUUAUUUGACAAAAAGGGCAUAGAAUAUUUAAAGAAAAACAUUGUUUAACUUUAUAUUGACUGAUAGACCUGAAUUCGAUCUAGAAAUUUAACAUUAAGUCAUUUUAAUUAAAACAAAAUUAAAUAAUGUGUGACUUAUUUUUAACAUUUUUAUGACAGGGACCCUUCUGGGUCCAUGGGACCAAACUUGAGGGGAGCCCUAAAGGUUAAAAAAAAUCAAUAUAUUGUAUUUGCUUUUAAAAUUAAAAAUAUCAAAAUGGCCCCCGCAUGCCUGCCUUAAACUUAGUCGUCAGCUCUCAGUGGAAAAAGUUUGGACACCCCUGACAUAGUGUAUCGUUAUCAUGCGUUUCCUGCUAUAUGACUAUAAUGACGCUCCCCACUCACUCAUUGUUCACCAGGCAAAGAUUGAAGAACAAUGGUUAGGCUGUUGCUAAUUUAAAAAAUGUUUUCAAUUUGUGUGUGAUUUCCCAUUAGCAGUGAGAACACCUCCUUGAAACAAGACAUUGAUUCUAUGCUUGUAUCAUUUUUGUCAGCAUGACAGGUUGUGUGUGGACUGCUGGAUGCUGCUGGCUAUCAGUGCAUCGCUUCAUAAGGAAGCAGCAGAAGCACAUCACAGAGGCGUCUCUUUCAUUUCCUGACUGACAGGAAAUUGCAGCAGGCGACGCAUCGCCAACGUUAUCGCACCAGUUUGUGGCAUAUGCAGGUGGAAAACAAAAACAGCAUUCAAACUUUGUGUACAAUCGAACACAACAUCAAAGGAUUCACAAACGUCAACUAUAUUAUGUCAAUUAGUCGUUUAAUCAAUACUGUAUGUAGUCUUAUGUCAUACUUGAUCAUAUCAAAGUAAUAUAUUAUCCAACAGAAGCAAUUAUCCUUAUAACCAUUGAGUUUUUUUCCCCCACCUCCUUUGGGCCCUCCCCCUCCAGUGUCAGGAUUUAAGCUCAGGCAGGCAGCACCUGCAAGCUGACAAGAGACGAGACCUUGGAGUUGUGCGUUUGGCGAGCAAGGUGUCACCAGAGCCGUCAUACUGGACCGGUCCUGGUACUCGUACACCCACUGGUUCCCCAUGGCGUCCCCUCAUGUAAUGAAGGACAACCAGGAGCCACUUCCCAGGAUGCAGCCCGCAAUGAUGAUGUUCUCCAGCAAGUACUGGAGCCGCCGCGGCCUCUCCUUCGACUCGGCCAUGCUGGACCAGCGGCCCCCUCUGCGGCACACAGGCGGCCAGAUGUCGCGGCGCCCGUCCUUCAGUCCCAUCAGUGAGACUUGUGCAGAGCCGAGCCAGGCGGUGGUGUUCUCUCUGAAGAACGAGGUCGGUUGUCUGGUCCGAGCUCUGCGACUCUUCCAGGAGAGGCGGGUCAACCUGAACCACAUUGAGUCACGCGCGUCCAAACGCGUGGCCAACGAGGUGGAGAUCUUUGCCGACUGCAGCUGCAGCAAGAAGGACUUCAACGAGCUGUUGGAGCUCCUCAAAGAUCACGUCAACAUCCUGUCCUUCAACACGCCCGCGCACGUGUGGGCUGCCCAGGCAGAUGAUGAGGAGGUUCCGUGGUUCCCCAUGAAGAUCUCAGAGCUGGAUCAGUGUUCCCACAGGGUGCUGAUGUAUGGAUCUGAGCUAGAUGCUGACCACCCGGGCUUCAGAGAUGAACUGUACCGCCAGCGUAGGAAGUAUUUUGUGGAGGUGGCAAUGAAAUACAAGUUUGGUCAGCCCAUACCUCGCAUCGAGUACACGUCCGAUGAGGUGCGCACGUGGGGCGUGGUCUACAGAGAGCUCAACAAGCUGUACCCCACUCACGCCUGCCGAGAGUACCUUAAGAACCUCCCUCUGCUCAGCCAACACUGCGGCUACCGUGAGGACAACAUUCCCCAGCUAGAGGAUGUCUCGCUCUUCCUCAGAGAGAGGUCGGGCUUUACAGUGCGACCUGUGGCAGGCUACCUGUCGCCUCGGGACUUCUUGGCAGGUUUGGCCUAUCGAGUCUUCAACUGCACCCAAUAUGUCCGUCACAGCACCGACCCGCUCUACACGCCGGAACCGGACACGUGUCACGAGCUCCUGGGUCACGUUCCUCUGCUGGCAGAUCCCAAGUUUGCUCAGUUCUCCCAGGAAAUCGGUUUGGCAUCUCUGGGAGCUUCUGAUGAGGACGUGCAGAAGCUGGCGACAUGUUACUUCUUCACCAUUGAGUUUGGCCUAUGUAAACAAGAAGGUCAGCUGAGAGCGUACGGGGCCGGUUUGCUAUCAUCCAUUGGAGAACUGAGUCAUGCUCUGUCAGAACAGGCCUGUGUGAAGACUUUUGACCCCAAGACCACCUGCAGCCAGGAAUGUCUCAUCACAACCUUCCAGGAAGUUUACUUUGUCUCCGAAAGCUUUGAGGAGGCCAAGCAAAAGAUGCGGGAGUUUGCCAAGACCAUCAAACGUCCGUUCUCUGUGUACUACAACCCAUACACUCAGAGCGUGGACCUCCUCAAAGACACCAGGAGCAUCGAAAACGUGGUGCAAGACCUCCGCAGCGACCUCACCACCGUGUGCGACGCUCUGGGCAAGAUGAACACCUACAUGGGCAUCUGACGUGACGCUCCAGCCUUCUUCUCCUCAAUCUCUCACAGGAUGAUCAUAUCCCAAGCCUUGACAACUGCAGCAUUCAUACUGUACAUGUAUAUGAAAAUCCUAUAAAUGUGUCACAAUCUCUAAACAA